AUCAAUUGCGUUUGUUUACAGAUUAUUUAACUAAACAAAACUGAAUGAAGGUAGAUUAUUCAAUUACUCCAUGUAGUAUAAUAUAUAAUGGCUCCUGGAAUUAGUUUUGAGGAUGGAGACUCAAUCAAGAAUUAUGAAAUCAUGGAGAGUAUUGGACAAGGAGCAUUUGCUAUUGCUUAUAGAGGUUAUCAACGAACUACCGGUCAAGAAGUUGCAAUUAAAAUGAUUGAUAAAAGAAAGAUCAAAAAUGGCAGUAUGAUGAAAAGAGUUCGGAAUGAAGUUGAAAUCCAUAGCCAGUUAAAACACCCAUCAGUAUUACAGAUGUUCAGUUAUUUUGAAGAUAGAAAUUAUGUCUACCUUGUCUUGGAGCUAUGCCAUAAUGGUGAAUUGCAACAAUAUUUAAAAAAGAAGCAUUGUGGUAUGAGUGAAGAGGAAGCAUCCAAAAUUUUGUUGCAAGUUGUUAUUGGUCUAUUAUAUCUACAUUCUCAUGGUAUCUUGCAUAGAGAUUUAUCACUAGGUAAUCUGUUGUUGACAAAGGAAAUGGAUGUGAAAAUUGCUGAUUUUGGUCUGGCAGCAAAGUUAAACAUGCCAUCGGAAAAACACUACACAAUGUGUGGAACUCCUAAUUACAUUUCACCUGAAAUUGCUACCAGAAGUCCACAUGGUCUUGAAUCAGAUGUUUGGAGUUUAGGUUGCAUGUUGUAUACGCUACUUGUUGGCGAGCCUCCAUUUGAUACUGACCAUGUGACAAGCACGUUAAACAAAGUUGUGUUAGCAGAAUACAAACUACCAGAGAAUCUCUCUGCUGAAGCCAAAGAUUUAAUAAUUAACUUGUUAAAAAAAAAUCCUGAUGACAGAAUUACAUUAUCAGGAAUGCUGGAUCAUCCAUUUAUGACACGAACACGAUACAAAAAGCAGAAUUCAUUGGACAGUGGUCAUGGCACAUUUUCAACAACAACCACGAAUGCUAGCAAUAGAUAUGAAUACAAUAACAUUCUAUCGACGAACUCAUCAACACAUAUGCGUCAACUUUCCUCCGCUAAACUUCUUAGGAGCAAUAGCUUUUCUAACGGCCAAGAAGAUGGAUAUUCGGUUAAUUGUAUUUCUACUCGUGGUUUCUCUUCAAAUUCGAACUCAUCUUGCACGGAUCAUGCAACUGAUACCAGACAUUCCGUACCAGCUACGUGUUGUAAUACAAGCCGAUCGUUUACUGCAUGUUCUGGACAGUGUUCGCACUCUCAAUGUUCCUUUUAUGACAAUCGAAACCAUUCCCACGACAAACUUACGUGCAAUCAUUUAAUUAGUAAUAUUAGUCGACCAAUUGAAACACAAAGAAGUUACCAUGAUAAUUUUGAUUGUCAAAGAAGCAACAAUAUAAAUCACGGAGGUUCGACAAGCAGUAUGAUAUUAAGAGAACGAAAUAUGGAUGCUCUUCCUAUUCAAGACAGACAAAAGAAGAAACAAUACUCUGGAAAAGAAAACGAAAUCCCAAGUCUGGUAAAAGCGAAGCACACUGACCAGAAAAAUAGCCAACAAUCCUCUGAUAACAUUACGAAUCCAUUAUCAUCUCGGAGACUGCGCCCUAUAAGACAAAAAACACGCAAUGCUGUCGUCAGCAUUUUGGAUGAUGAAACUGUAAACUUAGAAUUCCUUCAGCAACGUUCUGGUGUGAAUUACGUUAUUGAAGUUGUCAAGAUUUCGUCCGAUGGUACAAAAAUCACUGUAUUCGACCCUAAUGGUAAAGUCGGUGUACCUUUACAAGACACGCCCGUUCCUCUACCUGCUAAUGCUACUGUUUACACUCACGAUUCUUUGCCGAGAAAACUGUGGAAGAAGUAUCAGUACGCGGAAAAAUUUGUACGACUUGUCAAAAUGAAAACACCAAAGAUAACGUUUUACUCGAGUAGAGCAAAAUGCUCACUCAUGGAAAACAAGCCGUCUAAUUUUGAAGUCAACUUUUACUCUGGUUCAAGAGUGAGCAUAGCUGAGACUGAAUGUAAAAUAGUUUCAAAGGAUGGUCACACAUACAAGGUUAAUGAACAGGAAAGCGAAACCGAAUUGAAUAAUGAUGAAAAAGAUCUUCUUGUUCACAGUAGAACGUGUUUAAAACAUUGCCAACUUCUCGAGCACGCCGUUGAACAAUUGGAGAAAAGUUUGGAAGGACCUGGGACGUAUUUUCCGUUGAUCGUUGGAAGGAGACCCACUUCAAAAAAGGACGAGGGAGGGGAUAAAAAAAUCCCUGAUUUGAAAAGUAUGAACACGAUGGCGUCACAAGUUACAUCUCCCCACGCUACUGGACCGACGUCGGUAUCUGUGAUGUCCUAUGACGGAACACUUUUUUCCGAUUACAAACAAACAUCGCCUUUAAGAAACAGUAAAAUAACGUCAGCACUACCUAACCGACCAAAGGGACCAAUUGUGCGAGCAAGUUCGACGUCAUCUUUAGAUCGAAUAUCAGAGAAUAAAAAUGAAUCCAGUGAAUCUGUAAAGAGUGCAUUCAUUGAUGGGGCUGGUUGGGCUUCACAGCUAAAAGGUGGGGAAAUACACAUGCAGUUUAACGAUGGUGCACAGAUGAAAUUUCAUCCAACAUUACUUGUUGUGCAGUAUACAGAAAAAGGUGGACAAACAUCGAGGUAUUCAAAAACAGAUUCGCUGCCUAUUGAAGUGAAAACGAGACUAUGCCAACUUCCUGCGAUAAUUCAGAAACUUGCUCAAAUCUAGUUGUUCGUGUGUCGUUUAUAAAACGAAGAUUUGAAGUGCAGCUAUUUUAAUGAGAUUCAUGUUUUUUAAUGCUUUUCAAAUUUUAUUAAAUUGUGUAUAGCUAUUAUUCUAUGUUAAUAUUAACCAAUUCUCAAUA